CGGGCCCCGCCUCGCCGCCGCCACAGGAUCCGGGCCCUGCGCACCCGGCACUAGACCUCUAGUGCAGCCGGAGGCGGCGGCGGCGGCAGCAUGGAGGGCGAGAGCACGUCGGCAGUGCUCUCGGGUUUUGUGCUCGGCGCACUCGCCUUCCAGCACCUCAACACGGACUCGGACACGGAAGGUUUUCUUCUUGGGGAAGUUAAAGGUGAAGCCAAGAACAGCAUUACUGAUUCCCAAAUGGAUGAUGUUGAAGUUGUUUAUACAAUUGGUGAGUCAUUUAUUUUUCCUAUAUUUGAGUCAUUUGUGUCUCCUGUAUAUGAUAGUUUAUGCUGAAAGGGGUCAGCAUAAGUGGUUUUUUGUUUGUUUGUUUUGAGAUGGAGUCUUACUCUGUUGCCCAGGCUGGAGUGCAGUGGCA